CUCUAUUCGAUCACUAUCGAGUUAUGUUAUAUUACCCUUAGUAUUUACAAACCGCGAGUUUAUUUUGAUUGUUAAAUGAUUUUUGGGGUCUAUUCAGCUUCAUCUCUGAACAAAAAUCUCAAUCAGCUAUGUUUAAUGUGAAAAAUGGAUCCCUCUUUGUUAAAAGAAAGAAAAGCUUUCUUAGAUCGAGCCAAGGCCCAGCCUGUGGUAGAGAAAAGAAAGAAAGGAAAAGAUGUGUCUGAUGAAAAACCAUCCAAACGACCAAAGUCAAGCUCUUCAUCAAGGCCAAAAAAUGAAUCAAGUUCAACUCCAUUUGAUUAUAAAUCAUCAUCAGGGAGUUCUCAGUACAAAUUUGCUAUUUUGGCCAAAGUUGUGAAAUACAUGAAAUCAAGACACCUAAAUGGGGACACCCACCCUCUGACAAUUGAUGAAAUAUUGGACGAGACAAAUCAGUUAGAUGUGGGUACAAAGAUUAAACACUGGCUUAUCACUGAAGCCCUGAACAACAAUCCUAAAAUCAGAGUGCUAGAAAAUGGACAGAAAUACGCCUUCAAGCCCAAGUUUGACAUUCGUGAUAAAACCAGUUUAAUGAAAUUACUGAAGAAUCAUGAUCUGCAUGGCUUGGGUGGUGUGAUGAAGGAGGAUGUGGAGGAAUCACUUCCAAAUGCUGAGAAGUCUCUUAAAUCUCUGGGGGAACAUAUUAUUACCAUAGUGAGACCAAAUGACAAGAAGGAGAUUCUUUUCUAUAAUGACAAGUACUGCAGAUACAAAAUUGAUGAGGAAUUUCAGAAGAUGUGGAGAGGUGUUUCUGUUGAUGGACUAGAUGACAAGAAGAUUGAAGAAUACUUGGAAAAGCAGGGAAUUUCAUCCAUGCAGGAUGUUGGACUGAAAAAGGUUUCACAGAUAAAACGCAAGAAAGGCGGAGGCAAAAGGAAAACAUUUAAGAAGCACAAUGAGCAUCUGGAUGGUGUUCUGGAGGACUACUCAGAAGUUGUCAAAUGAAAAUGUGUGUUUUUCUUUAAAUAUUGUCAUGUACAUGUUUUUGUCGGAAUGGUUUUUAUUGCAUAAAUGAAAAAUAAAUAGCAGUAAUGAUUGAAAUUGAAGUUUUGAAAUGUAUUGUUGUUGUAGCAAGUAUGAAAACGGCAUUGUAUUAUGAGAGAUUUUAUCAUUUAAAUUAUAUUUGAUAGUAUUUUAUUUUUAUGUGACUGAUAUACCAUUAGAGUUAUUGAUCUUUCGGUUUUCUAUGCAUAAAGUGAAGCAAUCCAAUUAAGAUUAAAUGUUUUGAAUCUUUUGAUAAUCUUUUCAAAAUCUGA